UCCACAUAUCUCUCAAUCACCUAACCCUUUUCCUUUUCCUUUUCCUUUUCCUUCUAAGAAGAGAAGAGAGGGUAUCAUUGACAUUGAACUUUUCAACCAAACCAACCACCGUCACAAAUUCACAACACAACACAACACCAACGUUGUCACACUCACUCUUCCACAUUAACAUACACGAGAAAAUUCACAAAGCGUAGUUGUUUAGAUACAUUGUUUCCAACCUCACAUACAUAACACAAACAUUUAUGUGUACAAAUACUUCAUCUUAAGAUACAAACAGCAAUGGUUUAUCCAAGGUUUUGUCAUAUUCAGUGUUAGGUACUCUACCUUUUGAAUUGAAGGCAAGUUAGUAUCAUUCAUAAGUAAACUACUUUUGCUUGGAUAAUCGACUUGAAGUAACAAUGGUAAGCUUGAGAAGGCGCAGACUUUUAGGACUAUGCUCAGGAAACAAUUCAUUUGUUACUCCACUUCCUCUAUACUGUGAGAAUCUAGCUCGUUAUGAAAUUUCAAGUCAGAAUGCUAAUCCUAAGAGCGAACAAUCUAUGGUUUUGGAUAUCACAAGUGUCCGGGACAGUGUAGGAACACAGGACUCCCAGAACACCGCUGUAAAAGAUGAAUCAGGGUCAUCAGAUGUGUCUGGUUCUAACCUGUCUAAAGAGCAACCUAGUCAACAAAGCAUAGGUCCUCCUGUUAAACGUAGAAAGCGACAUUCUAGAAAACCUAGAGAGAAUCAGGAACCAUGCGUAAUGAGAGGGGUGUAUUUCAAAAAUAUGAAAUGGCAGGCAGCGAUAAAAGUGGACAAGAAGCAGAUCCACCUAGGAACUGUUGCGUCGCAGGAAGAAGCUGCCCGAUUGUAUGACAGGGCUGCUUUUAUGUGUGGGAGGGAGCCCAAUUUUGAGCUUUCUGAAGAAGAAAAGCUUGAAUUGAGCAAGUUCAAAUGGGAAGAAUUCUUGGCCGUGACUCGGCAGUCAAUAACCUGUAAAAAACACAAGAAAAGUCAUAGUCCGGGACCGGUUAAUAUGGUCGACGAGCCUUCAAUUCACAGAGGUGAUUGUGACAGUAAGCAAGGAGUUACUGACUUCCCUGUCAACGGUGAACCGGAGCAAGAAACAACAGUCUCUAGAAAUAUAUGAUUCAAUAAUGGAACUUGAGGAUGAAACCUCCAGUUCUAAACAGUUCAUUCUUUGCUACCUGAUCCAUUUUCUAUUAUACUAUUCUUCACUGAAUCAAAAUGCUACAGCUUAAACCAAUAAGUCGUAUAUAGAAUAUAACCAUUUGCAGUUAAAAUCAAGUGUUUGAUUUCUAUUAUA